AUUAUGCCAUCUGGUAGACCAGAUGACCACUCUGCUCCCGAGCCUCUGCAGUGCUUGCUCAAUGGGCUCAUGAGCAAAGUGGCCAUGUGGACCACAUGAAUCUGCCUCACCAAAGCUUAGCCAGCUACGUCACCGAUGCAUGCCCACCUCACUGGUAGCAGCAGUUGCUGAGCCCCCAAUGUGGUAUACUUUCCUAGGAAGGCCAGCCAAAUACCUGGUCACCUGAGGAUUACAUUGGACCUCUUCCAUCAUGAAUUGGGCAAUGAGUUUUUCCUCCUUGGAAUAAAUAACUCUGGGCUUGUUAUUUGCUUUUCUUGCCCUUUGCACUUUUGCCAAUGGCAGCAUCUGUGUAUGCACUGAAUGGCCCUAUUCAUCAUCAUGUUAACUCACACAAUAUUGCUUCUGAUCAAGGAACUCAAUUUACUAGGGCAGCAGUGUGCGUGUGGGGGGGUGUCUGUGUACCCCAAUGCAGAACAGAGGCACAGCCUGUUUGAGGCUGGGUUGCAGUGCCAGGUUGGAGACAACAUCGUUGGGGUCAGGGUGCUGACCCACAGGAUGGGCAAACACUGGGAACCAGGGGCACACACAUGAUCCCAGGUCACCCAGGUUCCCAGAGACCUGGGAACUCCAGGGUGCCAUUUCCCAAGAUCGCACCCAGUGAGUCACUCUUCAAAUGUUUGCUUCCUGUUCCUGCCACCCUGAACGCUGCCGCCCAUGUGUUCCAGUGCCCACGGGGGGACUGCUCCCGCCACAAGGCACAACACAGUGCUCUUACCAGCCUUACCAGGUGUGUGACUUAAUCCGUCUCCACAGCCAGAUCUUUCUCCGUGGGUUCCUCAGCUAAGACCGCUGCCAUGCCGGUGACAGUGACCCGAACAACCAUCACAACCACCACGUCGUCGUCCUCGGGCCUAGGGUCCCCGACCAUCGUGGGGUCCCCUCGGGCCCUGACCCAUCCCCUGGGCCUCCUCCGCCUGCUGCAGCUGCUGUCCACCUGCGUGGCCUUCUCACUGGUGGCCAGUGUGGGUGCCUGGACAGGGCCCAUGGGCAACUGGUCCAUGUUCACCUGGUGCUUCUGCUUUGCCGUGACCCUGCUCAUCCUCAUCAUCGAGUUAGGUGGGCUGCAGGCCCGCUUCCCCCUCUCUUGGCGCAACUUCCCCAUCACCUUCGCCUGCUACGCCGCCCUCUUCUGCCUCUCGGCCUCCAUCAUCUACCCCACCACCUACGUCCAGUUCUUGUCUCACGGCCGUUCCCGGGACCAUGCCAUCGCCGCCACCUUCUUCUCCUGCAUCGCUUGCGUGGCUUAUGCCACCGAAGUGGCCUGGACCCGCGCGAGGCCCGGCGAGAUCACCGGCUACAUGGCCACCGUGCCAGGGCUGCUCAAGGUGCUGGAGACCUUCGUGGCCUGCAUCAUCUUCGCCUUCAUCAGCAGCCCCCACCUGUACCAGCACCAGCCGGCCCUGGAGUGGUGCGUGGCGGUGUACGCCAUCUGCUUCAUCCUGGCGGCCAUCGCCAUCCUGCUGAACCUGGGGGACUGCACCAACAUGCUGCCCAUCCCCUUCCCCAGUUUCCUGUCAGGACUGGCCCUGCUGUCUGUCCUCUUCUACGCCACCGCCCUGGUCCUCUGGCCCCUCUACCAGUUUGAUGAGAAGUACGGCGGCCAACCCCGGCGGGCGCGAGACAUAGGCUGCGGCAACAGACACAUCUACUACGUGUGUGACUGGGACCGCCGCCUGGCUGUGGCCAUUUUGACGGCCAUCAACCUGCUGGCGUACCUGGCCGACUUGGUGUACUCUGCCCGCCUGGUUUUUGUCAAGGUCUAAGACUCUUCCAACAUCUUCAUUUUUCUCACCCGGAUUUUGAGUCCUUAUUGCCUUUUAAAGUCUCCUCUCCCUCCUGCCCUUUUUCUUUCCUGCCUGAUCCAUCACUCUUUCCAAUUUCUUUGACUCCUUUCGUCCCUUUCCUCUUGCUCUGUUUCCUCUCCUUCCUGUUCUGUUUUGUUGCCUACAUCCUGUUUUGCCUGAGUUCUCUUUCUACUGUCUUCUACCUUUUCUUCCUCUCAUCUCUUGGCUGGGUUUCCUGUUGGUUUUCCCAUCCGCCUGUUUCCUGAUCACCUCUUUCCAUUUCCUUGGGAGCCCUGAGACUCGUUUCUCCCCCACCUCCACCCACCUCCGAAGGUGCUGAGCUCCACACAUCCCACACCCCUCUUCGCAGCUGUCCGUGCCAUGGGCCUCCUGCGGGGCCUCGUUGCCAAAGCAUGCCUGCCCGCCCUAGCUGUGCCUUAGUCAGUGUGUGUGUGUGUGUGUGUUUGGGGGGAGUGGAGGGAGGGUAGCUCGCCAUUGGGCCCCCUUUCUCCCAGUGGAGGAGGGUAUGCAGUAGACCUCCCCUUUAAGUUAAAAAAAAUUGCUGGAGGUCAAUAAUUUCUGGUGGGCGGGAUGCUUUAAGCACAGACCCUGGCCCCACCUGGCGCUCAGCCUUGCCUGAGAUUGGCUCUAGAAGUUUUGCCAGGCUUACUAAAACCCACUGCCUAGAGGCCAUCUUAAAGGAAGCAAGGGACAGGUGCCUUUCAUCCCAGCUAUUCUCUGUGGUAUCAGAAAGAGGAGUGAGGCAAAGAACCACAGGGUCUCGAAGACAACUGUCUGAAGUAUUUGCGAGGGGCAGUAAUGUGGCCCUCUAGCCUCAGUGUUAAAAAUAACGUGUCCUGCUUUGCCAGGGAGGAGAAGAAAAUGGCCACUGCCAAACUUCAAGGCAGUAUCAGCCUGUUUUUUUUUUUUUUUUUCUCUGUCAUGAGGGCAAAAAUUACUAGGUGGCCCUAUUGUCAAAGAGAGAAGUUUCUUUUCUGGGGGGGAUGGGUGGGAGGAUGGGAUUGGUGCUGCCAUAGCCAGAGGAAUGCAUUGCUUAAGUGUGUUUUGCACACGCACGGGUAUUUCUGUGUGCUAGUUGCUUCUUGCUGCUGCUUCCUGCUUGUCUGGGACUCACAUGCAUAACGUGAUAUAUAUAAAUGUAUAAAUAUAUAUUUUAUUUUUUUUAAAUUCCCCGGAGCUUUUAGUUCCCAUCAGCUCCUGCUGUUAAGCAUAGAAGCCUUGUCCCUUCCCCCAUUCCCACAUCCAUAAUGUUCUUUUUUUUUUAAAUCUCAAUAUAAAGAUAAAAAAAGGA